GCUUGCGACGGCUGCCUCCCUCCCUGCUCCUUCCCUCCUUCCUUCUUUAUUCCUUCCUUUCCAUCCCUUAGCGGUGGCUCCCCUCGAGGAGGCGCAGGGCCUCCCUCUCUCCCCUCCUCCCUCGGCGUGGCUCCCCUCGAGGCCUUUCUUCUGGCUCGGAGGAUGGCCUCCUCCUCGCCGUCCUCUUCUCUGGGGGCGUCGUACCGCUGCCAGUUCCACCGGAGCCUGGAGGGGGGCCCUUCGGCGCUGCCGGGCUCUCUGCUCUUCGCGCUGGGGCUGGCGGGGAACGUGCUGGCCCUGGCCCUUCUGUGGCAGCACCAGCGCCGCCUGCGCCGCCGUCCCCGCCGUCGGGGCUCGAAGGAAGAGGAGGAGGGCCAGGGCCGUCCGCGGGCCUCGGCCUUCUACCUCUUGGCCAGCGCCCUGGUGGCCACCGACCUACUGGGCAAGUGCCUGCUGAGCCCGAUGGUGCUGGCCGCCUACGCCCGCAACCGCAGCCUGAGCGAGCUCUGGCCGGAGCCGUCCUCUCCGGGCCCGGGGCGGCUGUGCCAGGCCUUCGCCUUCCUGAUGGCCUUCUUCGGCCUGGCCCCGACGGCGCUGCUGCUGGCCAUGGCGCUGGAGUGCCUGCUCUCGCUAGGCCACCCGUACUGCUACCGGCGCCGCAGGGCCAGCCGCCGCCUGGGGGCGCUGCUGACGGCGGGGGCCGGGGCGCUGUGCCUGGCCUUCUGCGCGCUGCCCUGGCUGGGCUUCGGGGCGCCGGUCCAGUACUGCCCGGGCAGCUGGUGCUUCAUCCGCAUGGCCGGCCCCGGCUGGCCCUACGCCCUGCUCUACGCCAGCCUCCUGGCGGCCCUGGUGCUGGCCGUGGCCGCCUGCAACCUGGCCACCAUGCGCGCCCUCUACCGCCUCCUCCGACGCCCCCCCGACGCCCCUAAGGCCGCAGCCAGGGCCCCCGGCGCCCCGGGAAGAGGCCGGCCCCUGGGACACCUGCUGCUCCUGGCCCUCAUGACCCUGCUCUUCACCGUCUGCUCCCUCCCCGUCGUCAUCCGUGCUUAUGUUGGGGCGUUUGCCCCGGAUUACGAUGAGAAAGCUGACCUUACAGCCUUGCGAUUUUUUUCAGUGAACUCCAUUGUCGACCCGUGGGUCUUCAUCAUUUUCCGGACCUCUGUCUUUCGCUCUUGGGUCCGCCGCCUUUCUUGGAGGCUGAGUUCCAAAAAAGCCCCCUGCAUUCAGCUACUGGAAACAUGGCAGCGGAAGGGAUCCAACCCAUUACACUGAUGAGUUUCCUUUCCCUGAAGAGCUGGAGCUGGAAUCAGUGCACCAGGCUUUCUUUCACUCUCAUGCGUGAGAUACCUUACAUCUGUCGUGAUCGCAGGCAUGGACCAAGACAUACUACCGUUCAAAGACGCCAUUCUUCAAAGACAAGAUUAUGUGCCCUUUGAGGAUUCAUAGUCAUCACCCAGGGACUUGUCUAGAAUACCAGAUUCCUUGAUCUGUUGAUCUGUUUGCACUGAAACAUUUCUAAACUGGUUUAACCAAAACUUACAAAUC